AUGGAAUAUUUUGACUAUUUCAGAAUAAUCAUGGAAAUUUUGGGAUACUGGAAAUCUUGUUUCGAUGUUGACCAAUCUGAUUACUCAUCUGAUGACGAAAGAAGAUCUGACAUACCACAACAAAAAAGGCGAGCUUCCCAGGAGACGUUUUCAAGAACAUCUAAAAGCAGAACAGCAUCAAGGUACAUUUCCGCCGAUCACUCACCCAGGAGUUUAACAAAUAGUCUUUCAACAUCUAACACAAGCAUGACAAAGAGAAUUUCAAGAACAUCGAAGACGAGCACAUCCACUAGCCGAACAUUGGACAUUUCAAGAACGCCAACCACCAUCGGAAGUCGCAAGAAGCUGUCUCUAAGUGAAAUAAAAGAAACAUGGUAUGAUUACUCUGAUACCAGUGAUUGGUCUGAUGAUUCCAUGGUCUCUGACCCAUCUUCUUCAUCGUUUUCAUCAUCAUCAUCAUCAUCAUCGUUGUCGUCGUUGUCUUCGACGUCUUCAUCACCUCCAACGUCGGUUACAAGUGGUUAUUGCGAAGGCUCUGAUUCUAGCUCCAAAUACAACUUUGAUAGAAUGAGUCAUUCUGAUGACUCCAGUGACUCGCAUGCACCUGCCACUCGAGAACGGCUUGGUCGUGAUACCAAAGACUACUAUUACUACCCUGUUCGUGUAACUUUUCACUCCCAGAACUCGAUUGACAGUGCCCUGGACAACUCCAGCAGGUCUUCGAUAUACUCAAACGAUAAUCAAUAUGCCUACAUAUCGACAAACACCAGGGACGACUUUUCCAAACCUGUGAGACAAAGUACUGGAUUUGGAUACAAUAGAUGGUACAAACAAUCGAACGCUGAAAACAAAAAUACGAAAAAUAGCAAUACAGAAGGAAAACCACAACAAAGUGUAAAACAAUCGAAAGCAGACAAUAUUUCAGUUAAAGGGAGACAAUUAAAGGUUUACCAACCAUCAAGAGGUUUUGGCUACAAUCGCUGGUAUCAACCAAAUCUAUCUGUAGCCGCGAAUUAA